AUGGGAAUCGAUGGCGAUAAAAGCCCACGGCACGCUUCUCGUGCUUCAAAUGCUAUCGUUUCAGUACUGGAGGUUAUGGUACCAGAUGACCCGGCAGGCUUAUGGCAAGAGGUACAGACCUCUAAAAAAGUAGAAAAAGCCUUGGGCCUUUCUUCUUCUUUCGCAGAUGCCAAGUACCUCAGAGCGCUAGCCGAGACUUACGAGAAUGCGACGACUUGGGCAACGAAACGGCAAGCUCUGGCAGUCAUGGUAGAUCUGGUGUCCUUGAAGGAACUACGCCACUAUCUUCCAAAUCUAUCUGAAUACCGCUACAAGGCCGCCAAGAUCCAUCUCCUGAGAUUUGGUAGAGGAGCACCAGUGCCGGUAGACAGAAGGCCACGGAUGCGAAUAGACGAGGAGCGGCUGGAUUUUUUGCUAUCCUUCAUCACCAGUCCCCAUAUCAUCCAGGACUUGCCAUUUGGGCAAAAAUAUAUCCGGCUAUCAAACGGUGAUCUUCUCGAGACACCCAACGUCAUAAGAUCCAUGAUUCCCGCCAGGAUUCACAUGCAGUAUACACAGUACUGCAAGGAGAACGCUCAGAGAUCUCUGAGCGAGACAACAGUCAGACGCAUCCUCAAAGUUUGUUCAGCCACUGUCCGAAAAUCUCUCCAAGGUCUUGACUACAUCUCAGCGGAGGGUGGCAAAUCGUUUGACGACCUAAUUGAGGUGGUGCGCAAGUUAGAGGGAGUUGGAGGAUGCGACCACUCGUGGGUAUCCACGUGUGAGGGGGGACUCAAACAGGGAAAGCAAUACCUCAAAUCAGAUUACAAGGUGCACGUUGCUGACGCUUGUAAUGUGGCAGACCACUGCACAGCAUACGCACUUAGUGACCCGAAGGAGCCCAUGUACGCCACCCCACCCUGUGAACAUCAACACGACGUCUUCUGCUCCUCGUGUUCUGAGCUGGAUGUUACGCUGACGGCGAUCGAGGCCGCCGUGAAAGCCUCGUCAGGCAAGGUGCCUGCGGAGCAACACGACGAACUACUGUUCACAUACCGAACGUGCAUCGCCGCUAUCCAUGCGUGGAAAUCUCACCAACUGCGCUCUAUCCAACAGGACAAGCCCCGUCUUUCAAUAAUGAGUGGCAUCACCGAAUCUGAAGUUCUUAUCUUCCAGGACUGCGCCAUGAAAUAUCUCCCUCAAAAGUACCGAGAAACUCAAGCUGACUGGUAUAGCGGAACACCAGAUAUUUGUUCAUAUCGUUGA